UAUGACAAUAUCUACUUUCGAUCACGUGUCUGCAGGGCGACUUAGACGGAUUGCGCGUCAUCUCGCCUUCCCAAAAAUUUCCCCUUCUGCUGCAGCUCGAAUCCAAAACAUCUAUCUAUAGUAGCCGAGUUGCGAGAGAGAGAAAGAUGUUUAACUCGGUGAAUCUGGGCAACUUCUGCUCCCAGACGCGCAAAGACCGGACAUCCGAGUUUGGCGACAGGACUGGCUGCGCGUCCAACAUCUACCUCCCCAGCUGCACCUACUACGUUCCCGAGUUUUCGGCAGUCUCCUCGUUUCUUCCGCAGGCCCCUUCCCGGCAAAUCAGCUACCCUUACUCCACAAAUCUGUCUCAAGUGCAGCCCGUGCGGGACGUUUCGUACGGCUUGGACCCCGCCACCAAAUGGCACCACAGGAGCAACUAUGCGUCGUGCUACUCGGGAGAGGAUCUGGUGCAUAGAGACUGUCUCCCACCAUCCACCAUGACAGAAAUGCUCAUGAAGAACGAGAGUGUGUACAGCCACCACCAUCACCACCAUGCCCACCCGGGCUCCAAUCAUCCUUCCACGGGCUUUUACUCCGGCGUGGGGAAAAACAACGUCCUCCCACAAGGCUUCGACCGCUUUUUCGAGACCGCAUACUGCAGCAGCACGGACAAUCAGUCAGACAAUUGUUUACAAAAGGGCGAGGGAGGGAAGCUGGAGAGCGACUCCCAACAGCAACAACAGCAGCAGCAGCAGCAGCAGCAAGCUACCGCCGCUGUACCCGGAGCCGCGGAGCCGGGGAAAGACCCGGACGAUGAGGAGGAGCACACAAAUUCCGGCUCCUGCACUUCUUCCUCCGCCACAGCCAAGGACGGCAACGCCAGCAAGAGCAGCCACUCGAGCGUCCCUCGAACCAGGAAGAAGCGGUGUCCCUAUUCAAAGUUUCAGAUUCGAGAGCUGGAGCGGGAAUUCUUCUUCAACGUUUACAUCAACAAAGAGAAGAGGCUCCAGCUUUCCCGAAUGUUGAACCUCACCGACCGCCAGGUUAAGAUCUGGUUCCAGAACAGAAGAAUGAAAGAGAAGAAGCUGAGCAGAGAUCGCCUGCAGUACUUCUCUGGAAACCCCCUGUUGUGAGCCUGAAGAGUGUUGCAGGACAGUGGCAUAGAGGCCUCCUCCUCCUGCUUCUGGUUAUCUCAUUGAAUGAAUGGUAAUCAUGGGCACAACCGUCUUUUUCUGAAAAGGAGCCCAUAUCACAAACAGUGCAAUGUGAAAAAAAGUGGACAGUGGACGAAAAUAGGCCUUGAAUAAACGGGGCUGCGGGGGGGGGGGAAAUGUCACCAUUUUCUUAUUACCCUGCAGGGCGGUGAUGAAUUUCUAGCUGGUUUUACCCCCUCCAACAAGAAGGCCUACAUUAGAAUAAUCAUUUAUAUGCUGGUCUUGAAUAUGCCCUAUUUAUCACGACUCUCCGUUUGUCUUCAGUCUACUGUUCGUAUAGACAUAUUUGUUAAAAUAUCACAAGGGAACCUUUAGCUCUUAUCCCAGCCUCUGGUCAGUGUAUAUAGCAUAACAAUACCUAAAAUAUUUCUUCGACCAGAUCACGGGCUGUAUUUUUUCCCCUUGAGGAAUAUGAUGUCUAAUCUGUGAAAGUAUUACAGCCCCCUUCCAUAUAUAUAUAUAUAUAUAUAUAUAUAUAUAUAUAUAUAUAUAUAUAUAUAUAUAUAUUUCAUACUUACGGAGUAGCCUAUGCAAUGUGCAUUCGUGACUGUAAAUAGGCAUAUGUUGGAUCUUUUUUCCCCAUAUCCUUGCUGCUACUUUUCAGCACACUUGCCCAUACCACCUAGCUUUAAUGGCGACUCUUGUUAAAUUAUUUGCUUCAGACAUUUUGGUGCUUUGGAUCCCAGAGGGGAUGAGCAGAUUGUCUGCCUGUGUAUCGUUAUAAUAACUAAAUAAACAGAAACGUAUAGGCAAAACUCAA